AUGUCUGAAUCCCCGGACCCAUCUCAUGACGCGCAGGCGGAGGCAGAAAUGGCAAUGCGCGCAAUGAUGGGCUUCAGCUCGUUUUCCGAGCGCCGACCAAAAAAACAAUCCUACACGACACCCAUGAACGCUCCACCUGUCGCAACUGACCCGAAGCAAACGGCAUCAGGUGUACCAGGCCCAUCUGAAAAGCACGCUGGGGACGAAGAACAACUCGUGUCCAGUCCACACCACCCCCUCCCGUCUUCCAGCGCGACCACACCUCUCCCAGCACCACCGCAACAGACAAGCUACGCAUUUACGUCUCCGCAAACGGGCAUAUCGUACACAGCGGCGGAGUUGGAAGAGUGGUCGCGCGGCAAAGUUAACGCGCGGGGCGACAAGGUCUUCUUCAAGCCCGGCUUUGUGUCUGACGAUCCGUGGUUCCGACUUCGGGAGACGGGAACGGGCGGCAAUGGGGAGAAAGGUAGUAGCAACAGCAGCUAA